AUUGGAAAAUAAGGGAAGGGAAAAUUCGAAGGAGGAGGAAGAGGAAGAGGAAGAGGAGAGGAGAAUUACCCAUUGUUUGAAUCUGUGUAUUCCUUCAUCACGAUCGUACUCCCCUUCUCUUUCUCUCUUGGUAUCUGUCAAAUUCUUCCUCCUGGUUGUGGGUGUUUGCAGGUCAAAGGUAAUUAAUCGCUUUGAUUAUUUCUUGCUUUAUUUUUUCAUUUCUCUCUCUCUCUCUCUUUUUGGAGAUCAAAACGGGAAGGAGAAGAAAGAUGCAGCACAAUUUGUUCACAACGAUUCGUAGUUUGAAGAUUGUGGAUGGUUGCAAGGGUACACAAGUUUAUGCCCUAAAUCCAGCUGCAAAUGCCGCCGGAAUUGGUGGUUGUGUUGGUGUCGGAGAUAAGCUCCAUGAUCAUCUCAAGGCUAGUUCUAUUCGGUGUAAAUCUAUGCACAACAGCUCCAUAAGCGACAUUCUUCUCCCUUUUGGGCUUCCUGUGACUGACCUCCUUGAGCCCCCAAUUGAACCUUGCCUCAAAUCUGUGAAUUUUGUUGACACUCUCGCCGAUGUCUACCGACGCCUUGACGACUCUCCUUCCCUCGACAAAUCGAUCAUCUACCUUGAACAGUGCACCGUUUUUCGUUGCCUUUCUGACCCAAAGCUGCUCCGACGGAGUCUGCGUUCUGCACGUCAACAUGCGGUUGACAUCCAUUCCAAGGUUGUUCUCUCCGCGUGGCUUCGGUUUGAGAGGAGAGAGGAUGAACUCGAUGGGUCAUCUUCCAUGGACUGUGGCGGACGCAAGAUUGAAUGUCCCAAGGCCUCUUUGGUUUCUGGGUAUGAUCCAGAUUCGGUCUAUGACCCUUGCCUGUGUUGUCGGAGCGCUUCAGAGGCUGCCGAUGUAGAGGUUCCAAUGGGGCAAGAAGAAUGUUCAACGUCAAAUGAAGAUGGGGACAUGUCAUUCUGCAUUGGUGAUGAGGAGGUCAGAUGUGUUCGAUACCAUAUCGCUUCACUCUCGAGACCAUUCAAGGCGAUGCUUUAUGGUAGUUUUACAGAGUCACGGACAGAGACGAUUAAUUUUACGCAGAAUGAGAUUUCAGUAAAGGGAAUGCGAGCCGUGGAGAUUUACAGCAGGACAAAGAAAUUAGAUGGGUUUCCUCCGGAUAUUGUAUUGGAGCUGCUUUCAUUUGCAAACAAGUUCUGUUGUGAAGAAAUGAAGUGUGCUUGUGAUGCCCAUUUGGCUUCGCUGGUUUCUAAUAUUGAUGAUGCUUUAAUAUUGGUUGAUUAUGGGUUGGAGGAGAUGGCAUAUCUUCUGGUUGCCUCUUGCCUGCAGGUCAUGCUAAGGGAGUUACCUAAGGUUUUGUACAAUCCUAAUGUUAUGAGAUUGUUCUGUAGUUCGGAGGCGAAGGAGAGAUUUGCCAUGGUUGGGCACGCAUCGUUUCUGUUGUAUUACUUCUUGAGCCAGGUGGCAAUGGAGGAUGACAUGAAAUCAAACACUACCGUGAUGUUGUCGGAGAGGAUGGUGGAAUCUGCAGUGUUGGGGUGGCAGAAGAAGCUUGCCUUGCACCAACUUGGCUGCGUGAUGCUUGAGAGAAAAGAGUACAAGGAUGCCAACAAAUGGUUUGAGGCAGCAGCAGAAGCCGGCCACGUUUAUUCGUUGGCAGGUGUUGCAAGGACCAAAUACAAACGGGGUCACAAGUAUUCAGCAUACAAGCUAUUGAACUCUCUAAUCUCAGAUUAUCAACCAGUUGGAUGGAUGUACCAAGAGCGAUCUUUGUAUUGUAAUGGGAAGGAGAGGGUGACAGAUUUGCAAACUGCAACAGAGUUGGACCCUACCCUUUCGUUUCCAUACAAGUACAGGGCAGUUGCAAUGGUGGAAGAGAACAAGAUUGGGGCAGCCAUCUCUGAGAUUAACAAGAUCGUUGGGUUCAAGGCUUCCACUGACUGCCUUGAGUUACGUGCUUGGUUCUGUAUUGCCCUCGAGGAUUAUGAGGGAGCUCUAAGAGACAUUGGUGCGCUCUUGACUUUGGACCCUAAUUACAUGAUUUAUCAUGGAAAGGUUCAUGGGGAAUACCUGAUUGAGCUCCUUCAACAACAUGUUCAACAGUGGAGCCAGGCUGAUUGCUGGAUGCAACUUUAUGAUCGAUGGUCUUCUGUCGAUGAUAUUGGUUCCCUCGCUGUUGUACACCAGAUGCUGGCAAAUGACCCUGGGAAAAGCCUUCUACGGUUUCGGCAAUCCCUCCUCCUUUUAAGGUUAAAUUGUCAAAAGGCUGCAAUGCGCAGUUUGCGUUUGGCUAGAAAUCAUUCUAGUUCUGAGCAUGAAAGGCUUGUCUAUGAAGGAUGGAUUUUAUAUGACACGGGCAAUCGUGAAGAAGCAUUAGCUAAGGCUGAGGAGUCCAUUUCCAUUCAAAGAUCAUUUGAAGCUUUUUUCCUCAAAGCAUAUGCUUUAGCUGAUACAAGCCUAGAUACAGAAUCUUCAUCUUAUGUUGUCCAACUUUUAGAGGAAGCUCUGAAAUGCCCUUCUGAUGGUCUUCGGAAAGGACAAGCAUUAAACAAUCUAGGGAGUGUCUACGUAGACUGUGAUAAACUGGAUCUUGCUGCAGACUGCUACUUGAAUGCUCUUAACAUAAGGCAUACACGAGCACAUCAAGGCCUGGCACGUGUUUAUCAUCUCAAGAAUCAAAGAAAAGCUGCCUAUGAUGAGAUGACAAAACUGAUAGAGAAGGCUCGAAACAAUGCAUCAGCAUAUGAGAAACGUUCAGAAUACUGUGACCGUGACAUGGCAAGAAGUGAUCUCAGCAUGGCAACACAAUUAGAUCCACUGCGGACUUACCCAUACAGAUAUAGAGCAGCAGUGCUGAUGGAUGACCAUAAAGAAGCAGAAGCCAUAGCAGAACUUACAAGGGCCAUAGCUUUCAAGCCAGAUCUGCAGCUUCUUCAUCUUCGGGCCGCAUUCCAUGAUUCAAAGGGUGACACUGCUUCCACACUGCAAGACUGUGAGGCAGCACUCUGCCUUGAUCCCAGCCACACAGACACACUUGAACUUUAUAACAAAGCGCGGGAACGAGUCACUGAUCAACAAGAGAAAAAGUGAAAAAGUGAGAUGAUAUUUUUUUGUAAUCAAAACCCUAAUAUGGGCGCACUGGUUGCCUAUUUUUUGGUUACGGUUGAAACAAAAACAGUUAUCACCAUACCUCUCCGGUUUUGGGAUUCUGGACUAUUGUUUCUAAAAGCAUCCAAGUACAGACUUAUCAUGGCCAUGAGGGAAAAAGUGGAAGAAGACAAUGAGAAAGAAGAGCUGACAGUAUUAUGUAUAUAUUCAUACCCCGGAUAUGUAUUUCGAGAUGAUCAAGAGUGCAGGGUACAAUUGCUGCCCAUUAGACUGCUCCAUUGUUAGGGUGCUGUAAAAAGGAGGGAACAAAGAAAGAAAGAAAGAAAAAUUGUGUACAUGACGAAAUGAAAGCUUGUGAUGAAUUGUCCGUUCAGUUGGAAGGUUUA